UCCCAGGGCACGUUGUUGGGAGAAAUGGAUACUUUCUUUAGAGUGUCCAGUUUACAAAAGCAAAGUGAUUUUCUUUUCUUCGGAACUAAAUAAGGAUCAAACAAGUGAAUACAUAAGGCACGGAAGGCUCGGAACUGAAGGGAAGUGGACUUAAGCCGAGGGAGCCGGACACGUGAGGACGUAGUGACGCCGCCACUGGCUGAACAGGCUUCUUCGGGCUCCCCGAUGGCCGCGUCUGUGGAUUUUAAAACUUAUGUAGACCAGGCGUGUAGAGCUGCUGAGGAAUUUGUCAAUAUUUACUAUGAGACAAUGGACAAAAGAAGACGGGCACUAACCAGGCUGUAUUUGGACAAGGCCACUUUAGUAUGGAACGGAAAUGUUGUUACAGGGCUGGACGCCCUGACCAAUUUUUUUGAGAUGUUGCCUUCUAGUGAGUUCCAGGUCAAUAUGUUAGAUUGCCAACCAGUUCAUGAGCAAGCCACUCAGGCCCAGACUACAGUUCUUGUCGUGACCAGUGGAACUGUGAAGUUUGAUGGAAACAAACAACACUUCUUCAACCAGAACUUCCUGCUGACUGCUCAGUCUUCUCCUAACAACACUGUCUGGAAGAUCGCAAGUGAUUGCUUCCGUUUUCAAGAUUGGGCUAGUAGUUAAGGCGGCAAAAGUCCAUUCUCCUUUGGUCCAUUAGUUCCAGCAACAGAAAUUUAUGUGAAUUAAUUCAUUUCAUUGUGGAAGCACUAUAAACUAUUAUGUGCUGAAACUAAAUUUCUUUAAUAUGUUUUUAAAAUUCUGGCAGCACCUUUUCUAGCAGCUGCUGGUUUGAAUCGUUGCCCUUAAGAGCUUUAAUGCUAAUUUUUUACAUGCCUUAUAUACAUUUCACUAAUGAAAUUAUUAUAGUAAUAUUAAACACAUGAUUUCUAUACUAACAUACUCACUGUGAGCCCAGCCUAUUGCAAAAAUGAAAUCCUUUUAUAAUACUCUCUAUGGGACAUCAGCACAACAUAACUCUCUGGGAGGAAGUGAAGCAUUUUUUUCUUAUUAGGUUAAUUUUGUAGUAGAAUACAUACCUAUUUUCAGUAAACACUAGUAAUGUAGUUUUAAUGUAAGGUUUUUUCAAAUCAGUUCAAUGAAAACAUUACUAAUUUAGGUUUGCAUAACUACUCUGACCUAUUAGAAUUGCAUGUAGAGAUGUUCAGUAGUCUUUUUUCAUAUUAAGUAAUGUUUUUUAUGUUGGCAUGUUUUCUUAUGAAGUGAAGCAAUCUACUAGAGAGGGAUGAAAUGUUCUCAGUUGAUACCUGAGUGUUGGAUACACUCAGUGGCUUAAAAGCAAAACUUUUUAAAAAGCUUUUUCUUGGCAGCUCCAGGUCUAUAACUUUAGGUAAUGAAUGGUAGUAGGACUAAUAGCUCUAAUGGGAGAAUAAGGAGUGAGAAAUGUAGAGAUCCAAGGUUGGCCAAAAGUUGAGGGAUGGCCAAAUGGGUAAUUUUUGGUACUUUUCUACCUCCUAAAAAUGUAGCCUAUUUUUAGGAUUUAAGUCAUUAAGGUACUAAGCAUUCUUGCCAAAUGGUCAUGAGUGUCACUUUUGUUCUAAGAAUGAUUUUUAAAGGUUUUUCCAGUUCACCUCAUAUUUACCACCAAUAUAUGUCUCAAUUUAUUCCAGAACUUAGGGGGUAAAAUGUCAGCAAUAAGCCUGACCCUGCAGUAGGGUCUGACCGGAAAGUUGGGAACAAAGCCAUUGCUCUCUCUUUGGGACACCCUUAACUUGGAAGUCUUCCGUGUGAACUUCAGGCCAAAAGUCUUUUAUGUAUUAUCACCCCCCCCCAUAAGUGAUUUGUUGAUUUGUUUCCUGUGUUUUACACUAUCCACUGCGUGAUCUUUUCGUUACUUAUUUAAAGUAAAAAUUAUUUAAUUUUAUGAUUUGGUCUUCCAUAUGGCAUUGAGCAAAUAGGUCUGUUUUAAAACAUGUUCCUGUUAUGUGGCUAACUCUGUCUUUUUAAAUUAAAAAUAGAGAACAGCAGAUCUUCAUAAGCCCCAAACUUCAGAAGAACAAAUUAAUUCAUUUCAUGUCUCAACGUCUAAAGAGAAAUCUAGCUUCAGUUUUUAGUUACACUGUAAACGUUUUUCCAUUCUUGUUUCCAUUCAUGUUUUUAAGGUAGGUGUGCCGGCUUUGUUUCUAUAUUGCAACUCAAAGUUAAUGUUUCUUAUCACUUAAUUUGAAAACCAGUAAUUCAUUUACUCUUGCACCAAACUACACAUUAUAUUUCUGAUAUAUUAACAAAAUAGAAUUAAAUAGGAGAAGGAGGUGGAACUGAAAUUUAGACCACACCUUCUUGUAGUACCGAUCAAAACUUACACGUUAUGUUCUAUUAGGAGUGAGCUUAUUCUAAUUUUGGAUUGGCUUUUUAAAACCACAGUUUUCACAGCAACCGAGUGUUCAAACACUGCCCUUUCCCCUAUGGAGAACAGUCUCGAGUAAAAGCUGCAUAUAAUUAGCAAUAAAUGAAUCGAGUGGUUGUAUACUAUUCCUGAAUUGUAUGUUUUAAGACUUGUAUGUGAAUUGCUUUUUCCAAACUGUAUAACUUUUAAAUGGCUGGAACUACUCUUAUAUGGACUAGACUAUUUUUGACAUGGACAUAUUUUUGUAAAUUGAAAAAAUAAAAUAAAAUUUGCCUUGUGACAAGUUUUCUCAA